AAAUAAAGAGAAAAAAAAAAAAAAGAAAAAGAAAAAACAACAGAACAGAAGCCAAAGGGUCCGCACCGCAGCGGGAGGAGAAGCAAACGGGAAAACACGAAGCUGCUAAUGGACCCAAGCGACGCCUUCUCCGCCAGCUUGUUCCGGUGGGACCCUCGCGCCGCCGCUGCACCUCCCCCAGCCACCGUACAUCCAUGCCCCUCCCCGCUGUCCAUGGCCCAUCAAGCCCCAGACGGCCCACCAGAGGCCCUGCGGGCCGCCGCCGCACGAGAGCUCGAAGACGUGUUUGAAGGGUACGGAGUUCGGUACGCGACGGUGGCCCGAAUUGGGGAUUUGGGGUUCACGGCGAGCACGCUGGUCGGGAUGAGGGAGGAGGAGGUGGACGAUAUGAUGGCCACGCUUUCACAUCUUUUCCGGUGGGAUCUUCUCGUCGGCGAGCGAUACGGAAUCAAGGCGGCUAUUAGAGCCGAGCGCCGCCGAAUUGAAGCGAUGUUUUUGCCUCCGGUGAUCGCCGGAGCUCACCAUCACAAUCAUCAUCAUGCCGGAAGCAUACUCGGCUCCGGCGCCGGCCAACAUAGCUUGAUGUCUGAUGAUCCAAGGAGGAGGCUUCUUUUACUCUCGCCGGACCAGCACAACGCUCUCGACGCACUUUCCCAAGAAGGACUUUCAGAAGAACCGGUCAUGGCGGGACCCCCCGCGGGGGGGGGGGGCGAGGCGCCUGCCAUUAGAGAAGGAAAGGGGAAGAAUCCUCAGCGGCGAAGCAGCGGGAAAAAGGACGGCUCCUCCAUUAAGAACAGGAAGAAGAAGAAGAAAGGAUUGGAAGCAGAUGAUGAUGAAGAGGAAGAUGUGGAAGUGUGGGGAAGAUGUUCCAUGCCGGGAGAUGAGAACGACGAUAUCGACGACGGGGAGGAGUCGGAGACGGAGAGGAGCGGCGGAGGGGAGAGGCAGAGGGAGCAUCCGUUCAUUGUGACGGAGCCCGGCGAGGUGGCGCGGGCGAAGAAGAACGGGCUGGAUUAUCUGUUUCAUCUUUACGAGCAGUGCCAUGAGUUUCUGCUCCAAGUCCAGGCGGUGGCGAAGGAUCGCGGCGACAAGUGCCCCACCAAGGUGACUAACCUUGUAUUCCGGUACGCGAAGAAAGUAGGAGCAAGCUACAUAAACAAGCCCAAAAUGCGGCACUACGUCCACUGCUACGCCCUCCACGUCCUCGACGAAGAGGCCUCCAACGCCCUCCGCCGGGCCUUCAAGGAGCGCGGCGAGAACGUUGGGGCCUGGCGCCUCGCCUGCUACAAGCCCCUCGUCGCCAUCUCCGCCGCCCACUCCUUCGACAUCGACGCCGUCUUCAACGCCCAUCCCCGCCUCUCAAUCUGGUAUGUUCCCACCAAACUCCGUCAGCUCUGCCAUCUCGCUCGUAGCUCGUCACAGCCAAGCGUCGCCGCGGCGGCGGUUGCCGGAAGCAGCAGCGGUUCAACCCACCGCUCACUCGUGGGAUCUGAUGCUGGAAUCCCUCCUUCCAUGUUUUAGAUAGAUGCUAUUUGAUUUAGACUGUAAUGCAUGCAUGAGUUUAGGGUGCGUUUACGUGCGCAUGGUUUAAGUAUGUAGGGAUUAAUGUGGCUUAUUUUUAGCCAUAUGAUUAAGAAGAAGGGAUGGAACUG